AUGGCCUCCGUCGACGACGAGGGGAGAAACCAAGGUGGUGGUCUUCCCCAUGGCGAGAGUACUACAAGCGAAACGCCGGAUCUUGGCACUCCUCAUGCAUCCUCCUCCAACACCGAGACUAGUGGCGUGCAGGAAACUACGGCGGUUGCAAGCAAAUGCGUGCCCACCAUCCACUUUGUGCGGGCGAGCUCCGGCGACACGGAUCACCAUCGUCUAUCGUUGUUUUCCCCACCCGCUUACUGCACUUCCUACUAUCCCCCGUUGCCGCCGCAGCCCGGGAGCCUGGCGACCAACCAGAUAGUGGCGAGGUUGAUGGCUCAAAUGAACUACGAGGAAGGCGCCGGCCUCGGCAAGUACGGCCACGGGAUUAUCGAUCCCAUCAAGCCGACCAUAAAGUAUGGGAAAGGAGGCAUUGGAAAAUUCGAGUCACCGUACGACAGCGACUCGAAUUAUGACAUGGGGCCGCCUACAGAGCCCGAGCUCGAGCGGGGCACCGGCGAAGCAGAGCCAGAGGCCAUCGUCGACGCCGAGGAGGUCCGUGCCAUGGACACGCUACAGAGAGAACGCGAAGCCUAUGCCGCCGCGCGGGCGUGGGAGCGGCACCACGAGAAGGUUCGGGCCUAUAACAUGCGUGGGCAACGCCCACCGAAACACGACACCGCCGCCGCCGACGACUGGGAGGGGAUAACCUCCGGGUACACGGCGAUCAAGCGCGCCUUGAAGGUGGUCCGGGGGCAGAGCGAGUCGGGGAAGCUCACGUUGGGCGGCCUGAUCCACGAGUUCGCGGGAGUGAAGGCGAAGUUCCCGGAGGAGUACAGGACGAACCGUAUGCCAUACAAGGCGAUCAGCUUCGCAGCGCCGCUGCUCCACUCGCAGCUGAGCCGACAGUACAAUGCAAGUGAGUACGGAGGCACGAAGCCGUUGCUGAACCGUACACUUGUCAUGGUAGAAGCGCUCAAGGACAUGCUAGGAGCUGACACGUCGGCAGCGUACCCUCGCCUGAUCCACGAUCUCGUGAUGGCGCCGCCCUUGGAUGCGUGGAGGUGGAGGGCUGAGGAGCCGAAGCCGAUGCUACGGUUCAUCAAUCGAUGGAAGGGCCUCCUUCCGCAAGCCACCAUGGAUUCCAUACUGGAUGAGGUCAUCUUGCCGGAGCUGGUAGCCGCGGCGGACGUGUUUAGGCUGACAACGUGGUCGAGUAAGCCGAGCGUUUGCGUGGGCAUGUGGAUUCCUCAUCUCGGCCACGCCCGCCUACGAAUAGUGUACAUCAUUAUAAGCAGGCGGCUCAGAGAUCGAUUGUGCGGCGGGAUCUCUGACUACGACUACAGGCUUGCGUUGCCAUGGAAAAAGGUGUUCGAUCCAAUGAGCUGGGACGAACACAUCAAGCGGCAUGUGCUGCCUCACAUGAGGAAGGCUCUCCAUGAUCUCGAGAUCUCGGUAAGAAUGACUUGGCUACAAAACAACAACUUCUUCCCUCUUGUUAUGAGGUGGGCAUCCAUCGUGCCAGUAAAGUACAUGGUGCCACUUUUGAUACAAGGGUUCUUCAAGAAAUGGAUGUACGCCAACUAUCGGUACCUAAUGGGCGAGAGGCCUCGGCUAGAUGAGGCGAUGGCUUGGUAUGAAGUGUGGAAAGGGCUUUUCACGCCGGAACUGCUCGCGGAGAAGCGCGUGGUCAUGCAACUCGAGGCUGGCCUCGACAUGAUCAACCGCGUGAUGCAGGGACUGGAGAUAAGCGUGCCGAAGCAUUAG